AACCAAUGUCCCAUCAAGCAUCGACGGAGAAAGACACAAGGCAGAGAGCAUACCGUAGAAGGUCUGUGUGAAGUGUGAAGGUCUCACAGAUUUUUGUGAAACGGCAACCACUUUUAGAUAAGUGAAGAGUCAAGCCGAGCCCAUUUUAUUGUUGCAGCCAGAGAAGCAGCUUACUAGUAUUAGUUAGGACGAGUUGGUACGGUAGUCAUUGCAUCGGUAUCAUGAAGCACCUCGCACCUUUGGCAUUGAUCCUGGCAUCUUUCUGUGUGGCGCCCUCCUCGGCACACGAUCCUCUGUAUGGACGGCCAUCGUGGGGUCAGCCUGCGUCGCAGCGCAGAAGGACUCGUCGAUCAGGAUGGACGUCUAGCGGCGGUAACCAUCGGACAGCCAUUCCCAUAUCCAUGUACCGGCAAGCGCCAUCUCGGAGAGACUACGGCGGGAAAUGGAUGGACCUGGACGAGUUCAAGACGGACGCCAAGGCUCGGCUUUGGAAUGUAAACUUCAAGACACGAAGACCAGGAAAGUACAAUUUGAGUUCAAAGUUGAUCAUUGUCAAUUUGAUCUGCUUUGCCCUGCAAACUUUUAUCCCAAGAGUAACACAGAUGGGUGUCAAGAUGAGCGACAAGAUAUUGCGAGGAGAAGAGCUGUACAGGCUAGUAACUCCCGUCUUCCUGCAUGGUAACAUCCCGCAUCUCGCCAUGAAUAUGUUUUCUCUGAACAACAUUGGCCCUUCGGUUGAAAAGUUGUUUGGACCAGGUCGAUACUUGUCCACCUACCUUGCAGCAGGUGUAGCUGGAAAUGUUGUGUCCGCCUACCAGUCCCCCAAUCCUGGGUUGGGAGCCAGCGGUGCUGUCUUUGGUAUCAUUGGUGCUCAGCUUGUUUUCUUGGCAAGAAAUGAUUGGUUGCUGGGCCGCCAGGGUGAGAGUAUGCAGAGUGCAAUUCUGCAGACUGUGGUGCUUAACCUUGUCGUUGGCGGUAUGAGUCCAAUGAUUGACAAUUGGGCGCACUUGGGUGGUCUCGUUGGUGGUGGAGCGGCGGCCUAUUACUUCGGCCCUCGCCUAUACCUUCUCGAACUGCCGGAAGGCGGACGGUUUCUAGUGGACAAGCCUGUGGUGCGUUUUCCCAGGGAGAUAGAGUCCAUCCCAGAAAAGGUUGCAAAGCGGUUUCGGCGCAUGACAAGACGAAUGCAAGUAAACGAGCGAGUUCAUGAUAUGACCGACAAACCGUGGCGUAAACCGAGUCAACCACCAAGACAUUCUGUUCCCAACAGGUCCAUCAAGCCGAAGCAAUUCUGGCGGAAGUGAUGUCCUCCAUCAACAACACAACAACAAUUCACAGAGAAAAGCGAGCUCUACGAUCUUGAUCUACCCGGUUUUAUGUGCCUUAGACCUGGCGAUCUAUCCAUGCCAGCUCGAGCGAGUUGCCUGUACCUUCAUCUUCCGAAAUUCAUCCUUCAUGGCAACUUCCCAUUCCCCUCCUCUUACAUCACGACAACCCAACUUCACGUCAAUCACAUAGUUUCCUUCUUCUCGAAUAGGAGGGCACUCCACUUUAAAGCUGAAUUUGCCACUC